CAACUGAAGAGCAUAUAAAUGACAAUCGCAUUAAGGUGCAAGGAAGGAGCAGGCGGUCCCCCUGUGAACGUUCCUGAUCCUGCUGCUGCUGGAUGGAGCCCUAGUGGAGUCCCUCAGGAUCGGGCACAUGUUUUUCCUGGCAGGUCUUAGGGGGAAGCUUCCUGCUGCUUGGAAAAAAACACAUUGCAUGCAACUCGUAACCAUGCUGGGAACUAAGAGCCAUUUCCUAGUUAGGUGGAUCAGAGUGUGUUUCACCGUACUCAACCGGACUGGCUUCUGAGUAACUUGACUGAGCAGAAAGAUUAUUUUAUCAACAAAUUUUGGUACCAACCUUAUACAAUCCAUAUACAUCAGGAGUAGUGAACCUGUAGCCCUGCAGAUGUUAGAUUCCAACUCCCAUCAGCCUCAGCAAACACAGGCAAAGGUCAGGGAUGAUGACAGUCCAACUACAUCAGUACCACAAGUUCUCCACCCCUGCUAUAAACAGCUGGGCAGUUCUAGCAGAGAAAAAUAGUUUGGCAUUCCUUUUUACUUUGUGCACAGUGGCUUCAACACCUGUUCUUUAUUACUGUGAAGCGAAACUGGAGGGAAACAAUUUUUUGUCAGUACUAAUUCUGCCCGUCAUUAUUAGAAGCUAGGAAUACCGGUGACAGUUUCUGUGUUUUAUGCAAUAAUGGAAUUCUGGUUCUGCAGCUGUAUUUCAGUUUGGAGGCAUUUACAACACAAUGGCAUGCAUAUCUUUUCAGAAAUCUGUGCCUUCAUCACUCAAUGCUUCACCCAAGAGAAGACAGACAAAGUCAGCAUCAUAGACACUGUUGAUGGUGGGAGGCAUCAAGGCAAUCCUUGGCAGGUGCUCUGGGAGGAACCAGACUAGAUUCCUGAGGAUGGAGCCCUCCUGCUUUUUGCCCCUGUUGCUGCUCUUGCUGUUGUGCCCAGCGGCAGCCCCCUUCCGGAUCUGUGCCUUCAACACUCAGCGCUUUGCCCAAGGAAAGGCAGACAAAGUCAGAGUCAUGGACACUCUUGUCAAGAUCCUGUCUCGUUGCGAUAUCUCUGUCCUACAAGAGGUGAUGGAUGCAAAAGGAAAAGCAAUCCCUGCCUUGGUGGCUGCCUUGAAUCAGUAUGAUCGCUCUAGCCCCUAUAGCUACCUCACCAGCCCUCUGCUGGGCCGGGGCAACUACCAAGAACGCUAUGUAUUCAUAUACAGGAAAAAGAGGACUCGGCUGUUGGACUUCUACUCAUAUGAAGAUAAUAAUCCAGAUCGACCAGAUGUCUUUGCUCGUGAGCCCUUCAUUGUCCGCUUUAGCGUGCCAAUCAAAAAGCUCCCAGAGCUGGUGUUGAUCCCACAGCACACAAUGCCUUCAAAGGCAGAAGCUGAAAUUGAUGCCCUCUAUGAUGUUUUCCUGAAUGUGCAGGCACGCUGGGGCACUGAGGACAUGAUAUUCUUGGGUGAUUUCAAUGCCGACUGUGGCUACGUGGCAAAGAAACGCUGGGGACAAAUCCGCCUGCGCCAGGAGCCUGACUUUCAUUGGCUCAUUGGGGACAAAGUGGAUACCACCGUUCGAGAGAACAGCCGCUGUGCCUAUGACAGGAUCGUGGUGCAUGGUGAACGCUGCCUGGCUGCUGUGGUGCCUGGAUCAGCUCAGCCUUUCAACUUCCCCAAGGAAUUUGGGCUCUCGGAGGCAGAGGCUUUAGAGGUCAGUGACCAUUAUCCUGUAGAGGUGGAACUGAACAUUGGCCAUUGGAGGUGCCAGCCAGCCAGUCCAGCUGGCCUUGUGUUGCUGGCCAUAGCCAUGCUGUCUGGCUCAGGCUAUGGCAUCUGAAGAUGCUCUGAUCCUGGAAUCCAAAUGUUGGUGGCUGUCCUGAUCCUACAGCAUCAGAAGUGUAGAACUGUUGAGAGGAUACAUUUUUUCGACAUGAGAGAGGGUGGUUGGCCUAUGGCUACCUAUGGAGAGAGCUUUGAAAUAGGGUUUCACAAUUCACACUUGGCUAGCCAAUGAACUAUAUCUUCCUGUUGCCGCUGCAGUCCAACACAAGGAAUAACUUCACAGAUUCCAGACACUGAAUGAAACAAUAUAUUAAUGCAGUUGGAGUGCCCCCUGCAGCUGGGGUGACUGUGGGUCUUUCCCCACAACCUGGACCACUCAUUAUGGGAAGAUGAAUUUGGAUCCUUGUCAUGGCAUGAAUGUUCAGACAUCCUAAUUUUGUUGCAGAGUUGUUUUAAUAUUUAUUAUUAUUAUUAACAUAAAAACAAAUAUACAAAUUUAAAAACACAUAUUUAUAUCCCACCUUUCCCCCAAGGAGCUCAAGGUGAUGUACAGUCAUAGUUCUCCCCCUCCUGAUUUUAUUCUCACAACAAUCCUGCAAGGUAGGUUAGGCUAAGAGACAGUGACUGGCCCAAGGUCACCCAGUGAGCUUCAUGGCUGAGCAGGGAUUUGAAUCCUGGUCUCCCAGGUCCCAGUUGGACACUCUUUAACCAUUACACCAACCUGACUGGGACUGUACUGACUGUUCUGAAUAUGUAGAAUGUCUCAAACUAGAUACCCAACCUAAAAAAAAGUGUUCCAAUACAGUAGGGCCCCAUGCAUAUGGCAAGUUAGGUUCCUGACCCCUGCCAGAAAGUGAAAACCGCUGAAAAGCGGAUCAGCUAUAGUGCGGGGGGUCUGGAACCUAACCUGCUGAUUGCACCAGAGGAGGAGAAGAUCAGAUCUUCUCCUCCUGUGAUCAGCUGAAGUGGGGGAGUCUGAUGCCCCAAGGAGAUCAGCUGUAGCACGCUACAACUGAUCUUCCCCUCCUCCGGCGCGAUCAGCUGGAGAGUGGGGAGCUCCAGUCCCCCCUCCAGCUGAUCACCCUGCUGGCGCCGUAUUAACGGAAUGCCAAAAAGUGGGGUGCCGAAAAGCGGGGCCCUACUGUAUAUAAAAAUACACAAAAAUUCACUACCUUCCUAAUCCUCCCACUGCUGAAGUGCUCUUUAGGAAGAACUAUUUAUAACCUAGACCUACCUCUCUAUAGUUUUAAAACCAUCGCCUCUUGUAUCUUUUCCCUUCCUCAAGGGAUAGGGUGACUUAUCAACGUGUUAGUGUACUCACAGAUCAUGCUCUUCCCUCCCCUUUUUAACAACCCCCCCCCCAUGAUCCUAUGUAUAAUUCUUCCUGAAGACUAGAGCAGUCUGGUUCAAAGAGGAAAUGGUAAAGGACAUAAAAAACAGGAACUGUAUUCUGAGAACGGGAAGUGGCAUUGAAACGUCUUGUCUUUCUUGGCUCAGGGAACAUUCUCCUAGAAAACAAUAUGGUCAAGCUGUGUGUGUGUGUAUUUGAGAGAGAGGGAGAGCAGUGUGUGUGCAUGAUUUCAUCCUCUUAUGCUAAAAGGAUCAGUGAAUGCCUGUUUUCUCCAGUACAAAGAGCUGCACAGUAACAUGGAAAGCUGCCAUUGGUCCAUCUAGCUCAGUACUGUCUAUACUGAUUGGCAGUGGCUCUCCAGGGUUUGAGGUGGGAAGUCUCUCCCAGGCCUGCCUUGAGAUGUUGGGGAUUGAACCUGGAACCCUUUGCAUGCAAAAUUUGCCCUCUACCACUGAGCCACAAUGUCCUUCCCCAAUACCAAUAGCCGACCGCUUUCUGAGAAGUAUAAGGGACAGCUUUGAAGUUGCAAGAUCAAACGCACAAUUUAAAAGGUAAUGCAAUAAAUCAGUACAGGUGCUAUGGAACUUUUAUGUUUUGCUUUUCCGCUGAGAUUCAGUUCUUUAGCUAGGAAAAGUUGUAUAAAGAGGGAUAAUUAUGCAUAUUAGAAUUCUCAAAUUGUGUUUUUGGAACUCUAAACUCAGUGAUUAAUAAAAAGCAAGUGUCAUUUGUGGAA